AUGGCGCAGACCAGCGCCGUGAGCGAUGCCUUCGUUGAAAUCCUCCAGCAGCAGGCAGAGCAAGACGCCCGCUGUUUACAAACCACGCAGCCCAGUGUAGGUCCACAUUCGGCCGUUCUGUUCGGUGCGUGUUUUAUGUGCCACGCUGCAAGAUGCCCGCAGAAAUGCUUGAAGUGCCCAAGUGCGCCAGCAUGCGCUACCUCACAGAUCUCCCCGAAGUUCUCUCCGAAGUACUCUGCGAAGGUGCCAGGCCAUGAGCUGGCGCCCGGCUCCGUCCAGGCAUGCGCUCAACUGCUGUCGUAA